GGGAAUCCCACACGGAUGCGGGACCGGGGCUGGGAACGGGAACCGGGACCAGGAAUCCCACACGGCCGCUCCAUGGCCGAUCCCAUCCCGGUUCCCGUGGGGAUCCUGCGCCUCCCGCGGGGCCCCGACAGCUCCGGCAGCCGCGGCUUCUCCCGGCACCGGGACCGGGACCGUGACCGUGACCAGGGACGGGACCAGGACCGUGACCGGGACCGUGACCGUGACCGCCGUGCGGAGCGGGCCGGGCCGCCCGCUCGGGAGCUAUCUCUGCGCCUCCUCGGGGGCCGGCGGGGCAAACGGAGCCGCUUCUGCCUCUGCACCGGGCUCGGGCUGCGCGCCGACUUCGGGGCGGCCGAUGUGCACUGCGGGGCCUUCCAGGUGGAUUCUCUGUGGACCCCUCUGGGAGUUCAGGCCUCGGCCCUGCUGCGCUCUGGGGACGUUCUGGAAUUUUCCUUCCCUCUGGAAUGACCCCGGCAAUUCCUGCACUCAGCCCCCCAGGGAAUAAAUGGAUUUUUUUCCAUUUUUCCACU